GAGCUCCGACUCGACGGAGAGCAGCUAGAACGUGGAAGACGCUGGGCGGUCGCACAUGGCUGGGCUCCCUACGUCACACCGUGCAUGAGGCUGUCCACUGGCUUCCCGAGCGCGGGCGUGGAAAUCUCCGUGCGAUCGCACAUCAAGGCCACGCAGCUGCCCAACCCACAAGGGGAGGUCACCUUCGAGAUAAUGCCUGCCUGGUCCGUCCUCAUCCACGUGAACUGUGGCUUGCCAGGCGGCUUGAUCGUCGGCUCCGUCUGCAUGGAGCCCACCUCCGCGACCAACUACAUCUAUGCGAACCUCCACUGCUACCGAGCGCCGGCGGACCGCUUGAACCACCUCGGCCUGCUCUUCAUUCAUCAUCGCGGGCGACUGGAACCAGGAUGUGAUCCACUCCAUGAGCCACCUGCAGAGCUCAACUACCUGGACGUGGUCGACAAUGGCACGCGCCAGGACACCCCCACCCCGGGCACCCAGGCACAGCACGGGCCGGGCGCCUUGCACUUCGCGCUGCUCACCAACGUCCAGAGCGACCUGGGCCACAUCUACCAGCUGGACCUGGAGCAGC